AUGGCUGUGCUUUGGAAAGUGAUCAUCACUAUCUUUUUAUUGAAUAUUAUAACAAUUGAUGCAAAUCGAGCACGUCGUCUUCGACGACAGUCUAUGUUAAAUGCUGGUCAACAAGCAGCUAAUCCAAACUCGCAAGCAAAUGCAUUCAAUCCUCAACCAGAAGCUCGACAACAACCACUCGGACCAAAUCCUCAAAUUUUAAAUGCUCAAGGACGCCCACCACUUAAUCCAGGUGGAAUGGGAUUAUCCAAAGAUUCUAACUUAGGACAAAAUCAAGCCGGUCGACAAUAUUAUCCAUAUCAAGGUCAAAAUCCUUACGGAUCACAAGGUUAUAAUCCAUAUGGUAGUAUGGGUGGUUAUAAUCAGUAUGGUUCUGGACAAUAUUCACAAUAUGGUCAGGGAAUGGGACAGUACAAUCCGUAUGGCAAUCAAUAUUCAGGUUCUUAUAAUCGUCCAGGUUAUUCAUCGAAUAUGUAUCCAUCAGGAGGAAAUAGUUAUGGUGGUUACUAUUGGAAUGCUGGUCAAAAACAACAUGUUAACAUGUUCAGUGUUUUUCUUUCUUCCUUACUUGCUUUAGGUAUCUGUUUUUUUAUUGCUAUUUGA